GAGUACAGACGCUUCCUGCUAUUAAAAACAAUAUUGCCACCAAAUAGGUUUCACAUGAAUUCUAAAAUAACAAGGAAAUAUUAGUUAAACUCAUAAUUUAUUUUAAAGUUUGGAAGCAGAAUUUUAACUGUGUGAAUUAAAAAAAAAUUAUGAUUGAAAGAAUAUUUGGAAGCGCAUGCAUAUGUUUACAAAAAGUUGGUGGCAGUGCUUUUCAGUUUGAUAUGGCAACACGAAAAAACGAAAUGGCUAUUACAUACACAGAAUUCAGCGCGGUCGUUCUUGGCUUUAUACGGUAGAGAAAAAUUGGUAAAAAUAAAUAUUUCAUUCAUGCUUUUAAGAAUAAUAUUGCUUAUACAUGACUAAUGUUCAAUUUUGAUCACGAGGAAUAAAAAGUGUUUGCUAUUUUUCGCGUGUUAAUAUAAGGAUAAAAGUGCAGUAAAGGCGAUACAAGCACUUAAAACUGAAGUACGCUUCACCGUGUGCAGCAACAAAGAACUUUGGAAAAGAAAAUUUAUGGAAUUUCGUUUCGACGACAUAGGAGAGCGCUUAUCAACAUUUUAAGCGAUUAAGGUCUGAACGCUGUUAUUGAGCAAAAGCCGUUGUUUGUGUUUGUUUAAUUUGGUGAAUAAUAUUUUCUGGGGAAAACGAUUUGGUAGUAACGAAAGCUAUUUGCACAUUUUACGAAUAUUUGAUAAAAAGGAUUCUAGUUAAAAAAAAAAGCAAAAUGUACCAACAUAUUCAAUUACGGAGGUUGUCGAACAUGUCGUCCCCAAAAGCUAAGGGUAAAGAAGCGUCAAAACAAAAGGAGCCGAGCAAUUUUUUUAAUGACGAUGGCGAAUUGGCUUUAAAGGAACUAUCUAAUGAAAUUGGUGAACUCGAGGAAGUGAUCCUGGUUGAAGAUGAACCGGCUUUAAAGUUACCACAGCUGAGUAAUGAGUGUUGGAGCAAUUUCGUUGAAGAACUAACCGAAAGGUAUGAACGCGGUAAUCACUCGAAUGCACAUAAAAUCAGCUCGGAAAGUGAAUUAGGCAAUAGAUUUGGAAAUACCGAGAAUACAAGCAAAGUUGCAACUACCGAUACGGAUAUAGUUGUGAGUAUUAGCAGUGAUGAAGAUGAACGUUGUAGCCCUGGUAUAAGUACAGAUUCUCGUGUGAGCAACCAAAAAUUUGGUGAACAAAAAAAUAUGGACAGUGGACAGCUAAGCGAUGAUUGCAAAACAUCAGCCAAUGAACCCCUCGACAGUGACAAGCAACAAGACUUAUCAGGAACCAACAAAAGAUAUCAGGACAUCAAGCGCCAAGCAUAUAAAUUGACAUUUCAUCAAAUUUUAAAUCUGUUCGACAAGGAGAGGCCGGUUGCAGUAGCAGUUCCCGCCACAGCGUUAAAUGCAAUGUCUGGGUAUCCAUAUGAGCAGGAUUUCCCGGCUAUCGAUAUGAAAGAAUUUGUAAAAGCAGUAAAGCAUUUCCAAGAGUCAGAAUCCUCAGAAGAUGUAAAACACUUAUGGGACGUGGUCAAAAUUUGGUUUAGUGCAAUGAAGCCUCCUUAUGGCACUACAAACUAUACAAAAUAUUACAAAAAACUUAACUGGUAUUUAACUGAAUUAAUGACUUAUUACAUAAAUUACGAAAUUGAAAAUAUCGUACAAAAUGAGUAUAACUAUAAGAUGAAAGUAGAAUCACUGAUGAACACGGUAUCGUCGUUGUUAAAUGACGACGUUAAGCUAAAAAUUUUGACUUUGCUACGUAUAGAUUUUCCAGAAAAAAUGGGCAAUUUGUUGGAUGAUAUGUUCAGGAAAUUCCUAACUAAUCCGAAAGUUCGAUUGGAGAACAGUGACUAUGCCACCUACCGUUUAAAAACUUUAGCUUUUCAAAAAUGGAUUCAUUACUCAAAUAGGAGAAAACAAGACAUCGUAGAUCUCGCUAUUCGAGAUGGUUCUGCCUAUCUACCGAAGCUUGUACCGAAAAAUGUUCAGGAUCCAUUUUAUAAAGAGGAUUAUAAUGUUCAUAUUAUUGAUGAGUCCGACAAGCAGGGAACAAGAAAAUUACUGGAAGAGGAUUUAAGCCUGGAUAUACUGAAAACUACAAUUGAUAAAUAUCUUCAAGUGUAUGAAAACCAGCUGAAUGAAGAUUUUGGCUUUGGAGUAUUCUGUCGAAUAGAUUUGGAGAAAGUAAGUUUAAAACACUAACGAUAUAGAAAUUAUGGAAAGAUUUAUUUCGGAACUACACCAACAAGACAUUUCGGGCGGCGGAGGCCAAAUUGUUCAAAUUCUUGCAGCAGUAGCAGUAGAACAACGCAUUUAACAGUCGGAUACGAUGUACAGAGAAAUAAGCUAAGUAGUCCCUUAAAAUGUAAUAGACUUAAUCGUAAGUUGUUAGGACCUAAGAACCAAAGUAGUACUAGUUUAAGUUGCACCGUUAGUGAUAAUGGUAUUAUUUCGCUCGAUUCAACCGAUGACGAAGAUGAAAAUGAGAAAAAGAGUAUCGAAAAGUCAAAUUCAAUAACUGAAAAAAUCUACCAAAGCUCACAACAACAAAUAGUGAGAACUAAAAGACAGUCAAUAGCUCGGCGCCAUAUAGGGCGCUCAAGAACUAUAUCAAAAUAUGUCAAACCAGACGUAUCACAUUUAUCAGGAAUAGAAGCCACACAACCAAGAGAAUCGGACACAAUUGUAUUAGAUUCGUCAUCCGAUGGCGAAGAAAAAUCGUUGGCUGGGGACGCUAAAGGAAAUGAAAAUAAAAUAAGCAACACAGUAGCCCAACAAGCUGUACCCACUGCUGAACCACAACGAGCACAACGUUCACAACGAAUGGUCUCCAUGCCCUUACGAUGCUCUCUAAUAGGAAGUGUGGCGAUAAAGCCUGUACGAAAAGAAAAACAUUGCAUUCCAGGUGAGGUCUCCAGCACCACUUCACAUGAUGUGCUCGAAUCGGAGAGCAAUAAUAACGCUCCUGCAAUUACCAGUAGAGCGAGCUUAGAGGUAAAUAAUGCAAGUGCUUAUGAAAAUGCGCGUGAAGUCGGUACUGUAGAGAUACUAGAAUGUCGUAAUGUACGCCAGCCAAUUGUAAUGGCAGAAAGCUGUUUCCAGCCUGGCAAAUUACUGUUGGGCAUUGACUACAGUGGUGAUGAAAACGAUGAUGAUGAUGCCUUCGAGAGAUCCCGCGACGAUGUCACUGUUGGCAGUGAUGCCGGCGAUGAUGAUGAAAUUUCGAAUGGCUGCGUUGUGCCAGUACCAGGUUAUUCCAAAGUAGUCGAAGAGGCUACUUCAUCGACCGAAAUUUUCCCCAAAAUACAGACGCCUGAAAGCGUAGCGUUACCGACAGCUUUGAGAGUAGUCGAAGCAGCUCCUCUAGUGGCGCAUGCCACAGACAGACUUAGCGUAGCGCCCAUCAACGAAGAAGCACCGACAUGCUCCAGAUAUGCCUACAACAUUGUGUCAACACCGACGGAACCAAAUAUGUCUACUAAAGAUCCAGUGCCGAAGGUAACGCCGCACUUAACUGAUGCUAGGCAAAAUGAAAUAAAUGUGGGCGACGAAAGUAAUGGCGAUAGCAGUAAUACCAAUGCAGAAAAAUGUUCGCUUUCGAAUAAGGAUUUGAAUGCCGAGGUCUGCACAACCGAGGAGCGAACUGCACGUGAAACCUCUGUUGAAACCGCAGAAAAUAGGAAAGAAACUAGAAAAAUUGAAAUUGAUAAUGACGAGUCAAACAUGGAAAUGUUGUCGACAUUCGAAAAAAUUACUAUUUCAGUUGAUAACGGAAUCACAGAUACAGAACAAAAGAGUCUAACAGAAAGUUUAGUGGGAAACAAUGACGUGGAUGUAGCUAAUGAGAGUUGUGGAAUUAUUAACAAUGAUGAUGAAAACGCUGAAAUCGACCAAAUUUUGGCGGAUAUAGAUGAGAAUUUGCGAAAAUCUUCCGAAAUCAACUUGACAUACUUGAAAGAGAAAAAUAGGGCUUAUACGAAUUGCGGGUUCGCUAUGCACUCGUCAAGUGAAAAAAGUGAGGGUGAGAAGGUACAGGAAGUUCUCCUUGUACCAGACCAUUCAUCUGAUGACUUAGAUCAAAAUAAUAAAGUUGGUAGUUGUGAAACCCUUGAAGCUACCCGAACAAGUCCAGAUCUGGCGGGCGUAGAUAAUCGGAAUUCGUCGAUAAAACAAGGUAGUGAAGGCUGUGAAGUAGUCAGACGAGACGAAAUAAGUUUGGACAUCGAAGAAAGGACCGAUGAAAAGAAAGUUUUUAAAUCAAAAUCAGAAGACGCUAAUGAUGUUCUAAGUAGCCAGUGUGGUGAAAAAGAACCUUUAGAAAUGUCAUGCGAAGCGGCAGAAAAAGACAGUUCUGUCAGCGACUGCAUUGAAAUAUCGAAUGAAUCUACAGCAGAGAAUAGGGUGGAAGAACAAGAUUCGCACAAUAGAAGAGAGUCUGUUAUUAAUAUUGAAAACCCAGAAAAAACGAACGUAACGGAUAAAGUCGAAAGUGGAUUUAAUAAAUCGGGAGGACUAUUGAAUAUAGACGCUGUGACGCCUAAUAAUGAAGAAGUAGGUGAAUGCCUUAAAACCGAAGAGAUCAGCAGAAGCAGUGACUCUUUCAAAACUUUUGAGCUAAGCGGAAAUGAAGUAUGUUCAAGCCGAAUUAGCAAACCCGAUCAACUCAACGAAGAAGAAGAAUCCCGUCGUGGUAAUACAGGCCCACUAUCGGAAAACUAUAUCUCAAUAGAUGAAGAUGUACAAGUCAACACGACUAACGAUGCAUUAAAUAAGCUCUGCUCUAGCGAGACCAAUACAUCAAUGAGUUUCCAGGAUGAAAUAAAAAAAACAGCCGAAGAAGAAGUUACUGAAGAACCCAGCGCAACCAGCUGCGUCGGGCCAAAUUCCCAUGCCUUAAUUGAGUCAGAAGUGAAAGUAGCCAUCAAUGAAAAUGAACGCAAAGUUUCUGAAUUAAGUGAAGAUAAUCUAAUUAAGGAAACCUAUUUGCCGACCGAUAGUGGAAUCGAUAACCUAACAGAGCUUCACCCAAUGGAAUUGCAAGCGCCAGCGGCGCUUCAUAAGGACACCACCUCAGCAGAAGAAAUACAAAGCUUAGAUCAACUAAACGACUGUCACAACCAAGAUGGCAAUGAGACUUUCCAUCUAGAUGUUGAAGCACCAGUGGAGAAACCAAAGGCUCCGCCUACGAACGUUGAGAACGCAACAGAUAACAACGAAAAACAUCAAGCUGAUGAAGACAACACACGUUGUCUUAGCGAGGUAAAAUUAUCCUGUAAUAGUCAAGAGGACUUACCCACAAAUGUCUCUUCAAUAAGUAAAGUUAGCGAAAUCAAACCACGUGGCACUGAAAGCUCUGAUUCGUUGAAAGAAGUCGAAGUUUUAUACAAACCAAAGGAAAGUAAAGUCGAUCAAGUGAAUGUUUCUAAUACACCAUCCACUACUAAUGAGGACCUAUCAGCGGGCAUAAACGCGUCAGAAAAAGAACCAUGCAAGCAGCUUUGCGCAGGUGAUCAAAUAAAUGAGGAUAAAGAAGCAGCGAUUAAAAUCGCUGAUCCUCUAAUAGAAGUUGAACCAAAUAAAGCUAAAAAAGAUCCAAAUGAACACAGUGAGGACCGUCUUCAAAAGGCUAAAACCGUAACAAUUUUUCAUCAUGAUUUACUUGAAAAUAGUACAAUAAACGAAAAUGUAUUUCGUCAGGAAUCGCCAUUAAGUAGUAAUUCAAAUGAAAACGAACGGCAAGCCGAUAUAAUGGAUGAUUCAUUUCAUCAAAUACUCGAGUCAAUAUCUAGAGAGGUAUCACCCAUUAUAAUAGAAAGAGCAGAAGAGCCUCAGCUGGAAGAGUCUCUUCCAAGCGAUGUUAAAGCAAUAUCGCUAAUAGUUCAGGAUUCGCUUACAACGUCUGAUGGUGCAAUUGACGAAGAUGUGCUUGAUGAACCAAAUGAAACCAAAACGGAUAACAGUAUUACAUCUCGUCCUGCAUCUGAAACUCCAAUUGAAGAAGAAAUCGUUGGUACAUCAAAUGAAACCAAAACGGAUAGGAGUAUAGAAUCUCGGCCUGCAUCUGAAACUCCACUAGAAGAGGAAAUGGUUAGUAUUCCAAAUGAAACCAAAACGGAUAACCAACGGAUUGCAUCUCGUCCUGUAUCUGAAACUCCUAUUGACGAAGAAAUGGUUGGUAUUCCAAAUGAAACCAAAACGGAUAACAGUAUUUCAUCUCGUCCUGCAUCUGAAACUCCAAUUGAAGAAGAAAUGGUUGGUACAUCAAAUGAAACCAAAACGGAUAGGAGUAUAGAAUCUCGGCCUGCAUCUGAAACUCCACUAGAAGAGGAAAUGGUUGGUAUUCCAAAUGAAACCAAAACGGAUAACAGUAUUUCAUCUCGUCCUGCAUCUGAAACUCCAAUUGAAGAAGAAAUCGUUGGUACAUCAAAUGAAACCAAAACGGAUAGGAGUAUUUCAUCUCGUCCUGCAUCUGAAACUCCAAUUGAAGAAGAAAUCGUUGGUCCAUCAAAUGAAAUCAAAACGGAUAGGAGUAUAUCAUCUCGGCCUGCAUCUGAAACUCCACUAGAAGAGGAAAUGGUUGGUAUUCCAAAUGAAACCAAAACGGAUAAGAGUAUUGCAUCUCGUCCUGUAUCUGAAACUCCUAUUGACGAAGAAAUGGUUGGUAUUCCAAAUGAAACCAAAACGGAUAACAGUAUUUCAUCUCGUCCUGCAUCUGAAACUCCAAUUGAAGAGGAAAUGGUUUGUAUUCCAAAUGAAACCAAAACGGAUAAGAGUAUUGCAACUCGUCCUGUAUCUGAAACUCCUAUUGACGAAGAAAUGGUUGGUAUUCCAAAUGAAACCAAAACGGAUAACAGUAUUUCAUCUUGUCAUGCAUCUGAAACUCCAAUUGAAGAAGAAAUGGUUGGUACUCCAAAUGAAACCAAAACGGAUAGGAGUAUUUCAUCUCGUCCUGCACCUGAAACUCCAAUUGACGAAGAAAUGGAUGGUGCACCAAAUGAAACCAAAAUGGAUUGCACUAUUGUAUCAGAUUCUACUAACGUUGUGGCAUUAUCUUUAGGCACUGGAAGCUCGCAUACAUCGGCAGAACAAAUUGAGAAAACUGUCCACAUAACUGAAGAAAAAGUUCAUGAAAUAAUGUGUCACAUUAAUAUAGAAGUAUUACCGAACAGUGUUAAGGAUUCUAUUAAAAACUACAGCGCUUCUCAGGAUACUGAAAACUCGUUACUUAAUAAAAAAAUUUAUGAUAAAUCUUCGAAAGGCGACGGUGAGAUAAUUCAAGCUGUGAAUAUAAAUAAAGACUUGUGCUCUUCAGUAGAAGAAGAAUCUAAACAUUCUAACAAAUUAAAAAUUAAAGAAACUGCUACUGAUGAUGAGAAAACAUCAGCAACUAACUCGUUGGAGUCUGCUGAGUCUGAGCUAGAAAGGCAUAAAUCCUCGUGCGAAGAUGUGGAAUCAGCGAGUGAAAUACAAGCUUCACUUACAAAUACUGGUUCUACCGAAAAAGUAAUAGAAUGUGAUGAAAUGAACGCGACAUGCUCCGUUCGCGCUGAGGCUACAUCGAACACCAUUGAGGAGCUACAUACCAGCACUGAACCAUUAGUACAAAAAGAGGUGCAUGAAUUCUGUUCUGAGGUUAUUGAAGAAACAGAAACUUUGGUCCAGACUGUCCACACAAACGAUAGUUCUAUUGAUGUGGCGAUACAAGAACACAACGAAUGUAUAGACAAAAAAAUGGGUGAUCUUAAAGCUUCAAUGACACGUCGACAGCAAUCGCAUACUAUCACUAACCCGCUGGGGGAGUUGUUAACGCUGGAAAGUGAACGAGAAAAGGGUAUAAAAUGUGAUGCAAUAACUGAGCCCUGUACCAAAGUUGCAGAAAUUCCCACAUGCCCAAAAGAACAACCAAACGCAAAUACUAAUCUGGAAGCAUCCACAAAAGUAUCUGAGGGGACAGAUAAACAUGCCGACUUCUCAAUGGAAGUAAAAGAAUCUUCAGAGUUGACUUCAUUUAAGGCUGAUGAAAUCAUAGAUUCAUCUUCUAGUAGCUUGAAUGAAUCUGUCUCUGGAAAUCCUGAUAUCGCAAUAGAAAUAGUACACAAAUCUGAUCAAUCAGAAGAAUCGGGAGGAGAGGCAAGUGUGAAUGCAAUUAAUUCACAAUCCACAGCUAAUUCUUCAACAAAAAUGCAGGAAGCUAUAUCAGCUAAGGAUAACCAAGUCGACCAGAUUGAUGACCAAACAUCAGAUAAACCAAUUCUACCUUCAAGUAGUGACUGCUCAAUGGUGGAGCAACAAAAAAGUGAAAUUACUACAACUAACGCACCUGAAGUGGUUUUAUCAUGUCACAGUCCAGAGUCAACCAAAUUGAGUGUAUCCGAGCAAAAUGAUGCUUCAACCAAUUCUAAAGAUCAAAUUGCGUUGACUUUAUUAGAGCGAAACGAAUGUGACGUGCACAAAGAGUGCGAGAAACCUAGUCUAAUAGAGUCCUCCUGCUCUUCGAAAUCCUCUUCCAGCAUAGCUGAUCCCAAUCAAGUAACAGGGGAAGUCCAAGCUGGAGUGCAAGCUACAGCUGAAAUGACUGUAAAUUCUUGUUACGAAAGCGAGCAAGAUAAAAAAAAAUGUGAUGCAUCAGAACAUUUAACUGCAGGCUCGGAAUUAGAGAAUUUAACUAUUGGUAUGGAGCAAAGGGAUGCUACGCGAAGUUCUAUCUUGCCAACGAUUUCUGGAGAUAAAUCGGCCAUAAACGGGGCAACGUCAAACAAGGAAACUGGUCCAAUAUCCAACGAUAAAGAAUUAGUUGACGAUAGAGUUAUUGCAUUAAGUACAUUGAUUGAAUGUUUUGAUAUUAAAGAUGAUGAUACAGCGUCUCCAGAAAUUCUCUCAAAACGUAAUGAGGAAGAAAAACAAUAUAGCGCCAGUAUAUGCAGUUCUUUAGAGGAAACAAUUGCGUUUGAAAAUGAGCAAGAACAAACAAAGGAUGUUAUUACUGAUACGUGGAAAAUCAGUACUGCAUUGCCCAAGGGUGAUUCUGAGAAAAAUGAGGAAUCAGAACUACAAAAGGAACUGGAAGAAUGCUUACCUUCAGAGUAUAAUUCGGAGGAAAUAUUGGCUGUGACGACACUGAUCAAUAUGCGUAAUAAAUUCUCUGGUGUUUGUCCAGUGCCCCAGUAUACUGACGACAAUGCCGGUUUUGAUAAAGUGACGUUGACUGUAGAUCAAGAGGAGCAUAGAAAUGUGGUUAACUUCAUUAAACCGAUUUUAAAAUCUGCUUUCAAGGAGGUCGAUGCAAAGAACAGUUUAGUGAAAAAGAAAGUGCAUUACGAUGAAGAAAACUUAAAGGAGCUAAUGAUUGAAAAACAGAAAGCUUUAGCGGGUACUUCGAAAUUUCAGAAAAAAGAAAAGAAGCUCCGUUCAGCUGACUGUGUAUUACGCAAAGGCGGUAAUAAAAUUGUAAAACGAAGAUUACUGGAAUUAAAUGCAAAUUGGAAUGUAGAGGAAGAAGUUGACACGAAGGAUACGGCGGAAGUAAUGCCGGAGGUAAAGAAGAGACGCGGUCGUAAGAAAAUUGAGCAUUUAGCAAUUGAGAAUGUACAAGAAGAACAGUUAGUGGCCACAAAAGUAAAUGAGUCGAAAGAUGUGGCGAAAGUCGUAAAUGCUGAAGACAAUAUUCCUAUCUAUCCGGUGAGUCUUAUUUCGCGGCGAAAGGAUGAGCGCGCUAAAAAGAAAAGGCGGACUAAAGGUGAUCAUAGGGAAAAUGCCGAAGUUGAAGAUGGUGGAUCGGAUUUCAUAGUUCCCGAUGAGAAGGUCACACCAUUACCCGCAGAAAAUCUAGGAAAAACGGUGCCAUCUAAAGUAAAUAUUGCGACUGUAAGUCGAAUAACUGCUGGUGUGGCGAAACUAAAAUUGAAUACCACACAAAUGGAUGCGAUGGAAAAACAUGAAGCUCUCACGAUCGAGAAACAGGACGGCAAGCCGUGCAAUUACAUUGAAAAAGAAAUACCUACGGAGAAGCCAUCUUCACAGUUGGAGUUAGCCAAACCAAAAAAGGCAGUUGUAAGAAUUAAACGAAUGAAACCUUCUAUGUAUAACCCUGUGAAGCCAAGCCCAAAUAUUGACACGCAUGUUUCAACUCAGCCUGAACCUGCAACAGCAAUGAGCGUAGACUCAGUUUGUAAAGACCUUCUACCAUCUUGCCACGAACAUCCAGUUAAGCCGACAAUUCCUAUUUUAGAAUCAAAUGAUUCUUCAAAUAAAGCACCAUCUCCGUUGGUGAAGUCUUCGACAUCUUUAAUGAGCGUAGACUCAGUUUGUAAAGACCUUCUACCAUCUUGCCACGAACAUCCAGUUAAGCCGACAAUUCCUGUUUUAGAAUCAAAUGAUUCUUCAAAUAAAGCACCAUCUCCGUUGGUGAAGUCUUCGACACCUUUAAAAUCUAAAAAAGGACGCGUGACUAAAUCUGCCAGAAAAGUAAAAAAGCCAACUUUAUCUUCGGUCCAAAAUAUUUCCCUGCUAAAUACCGUUCUGCCAGCAGUACAAUCAGCCUCCUCAGAAGAAAAUCAUAUUACAAAAACUACUGAUGAGGUGAAAACUCAGGAUACUAAUUUAUCUUUGAAUGUGUCGGAAGUUUUGCCAGUGAUUGGUAAAAUUCUAGAGACACAAAAUCACCCUGUGUCAGAUACCGAGAUGAAAACAGAACCAUUAGAGGAGAGUGAAAAUGUUGAAUUCGCGACGGAUAACAUCGAUAUUAAAGAAGAAGAAGUAUCUGUAGACGCUCUUGAUACUCAAGUGUUUUUAAAUUAUGAUUCAACGGCCCAUUCGAAAGAGAUAAUUUUAAAGCCUUCCGAUGUCAUAUUGACUGAAGAAAAGAUAAACAAACAGGCGGCAGCGUUUCGAGGCCAUAAGAAAAGGCAAACAAUUAGGAAACUCAGACAAAGAAGAGACAAACAAGUUUCAAAAGAUACAAGGAUUCAAACAAGACUCAAAGGCAAACAACCUAGUUCGUCGAAUAUAGAAAGUGACAUUUCAACAGCACAACAAGCCAGUAAUAUUGAGGAACCAAACGUGAUCUCUGUCGCACUUAAAAGUCCAAAAAUUGAAGAAAAUUCUUCGGAAGCUUCGUUCGUUGAUCAAGAGAAAUCCAAAGUCGGCUUCGAUUUUGAAUCUGAGGGUGUAGUUGAACAGAAGCAACAGAAUGCAACCAUUUCAGAAACUAUCAAGACAGCGGUUGAUAUUGAGACUGAAGAUAUCACGAACAAGAUUGCCAAAAAUGUAAUUGUUGAACUUAAAUUACUAUCGCUCGAAAAUCUACAAAACACCGAAGCUGGCAAAGAACAGAAAGCUGCUGGUAAUAUUGAGAAGAGUAGUGAGUCCCAAACCCUUACAGAGAUAAAUGACUGCGCCGUGGAAAAGUCUGAUGAGGAACAAAAGACAACAGAGCUCUUAGAUUCAUCGAUUGAUAUAGUUUUAGGCAACUUCACUUUUACGAAAAAUACGAAGGAAGAGAGCUCUGUUUCCACUGCAAUUACAGGGCAGUUGGAGAAGGAGGAUCAAAGGCACGUAACUGAAAAAAUCAGAAGACAAACCAUCAAAGAAGACGAAUGCCUUCGAAAACCUUCCAGUCGAAAUUCGUUGAAUAGCGUAAAGGAAAUUUCGGCCAAAGUUCCCGAGGCCCUGUUUGCGGACGAUGAAAGUGAAGGCAGCAAUGCUGAUGACAGUGCAAAUGAGCAGUUCUUUGCACCAAUAUUAAGUCUUGAAGAUUUGCUAAUCAAAAAAGCUGAAACAGCUGAUGAUAUAACCGAUACGUACGAUCAUCAAGAAUCUACUGAGCGUACAGAAGCUGAACAUCCCCAUGAUGGUUUGCGAACUCCUAGUUUUACUCUCGAACUUCGAGCGAAAAGUCCGAUUAAAAGCGGUGAGCAAUUAAAAAGAGAACGGGAAAACGCUAAAAAAGCAUUAAAAUGUGGUGGCGGAGGAAAUGAUGGAUUAGGGGAAACUGAUACUGGUUUCCCAUUAUCGGAUAUUACUGACAUUAGUGCAAUUGACAUUCCAAAUGACCUAACUAUAAACAACGAGUAUUCCGAUCUCCUGAACGCAAUGCUCUUCGAACAAGUGCGUGAAUCUAUUGACUGUAUGAUAUCCGUAACGGAUCCCCCUAUCUCGAGCACGCAAGCCAAAUUUGAUCAGGCAAAGACUGUUGUUAGAGUAAAAGAUCAGCGCGACCUGCCACUCCCUCAAGAGAAAGCCACAAUUACCAUCGAUGGUAAAUCGGCAACUGCAAGUGAGGAUGCUCUUGGUAUUAGUCAAGAAAGCUUUCUCAGCGCCAUUAGCCCACUCGAUGAGGUAGAAGUUCCAACCACAGGAUUUGAUUUGGUUGGAAGUUUUACCAUUUCGGACUUCCUGUCGGAUGCAGGUAGUGACUUGUUUCCAUUUUCAGAGCUGGACAAAACUCAAAGUAGAAAUAAUUCGUUUUUGACAGACUCGAAUGCUUGUAAUACACCACCACCAAGACCUCUCCAUGCAGCCGAUGAGCCUGAGCUAAGGGCUGAUCAAAAAGAUGCGAGUACAACACAUCAGCAUCAUCAAAAUACAACUUCUGUUGAGGCUGAAAAGCCCGGACCAAAAGUUCGCAAAAAGUCAACUUCAUCUAAUCCAUCGAUAUUCCCAGUUGUGCCGUCACCUCAGAAGAUUGUUGCUUCUUCGACAAAGAGUCCGGCAGCGUUGAAUACAUUUUCAAGGUCCAAAUGCCAUCCAAAACCCUUUUGGAAAGUGAUAAAGACAGACAAAAUAAAAACUCCAACACCGAUGAAAGAAGAAGGGCCAACAUCCAACACGCAAAACAUUCAAGAAAUAUCUUCCCCAGCAAAAAUUAAUACCAAAGCUUCACAGUUAGACGAGAAGAGCACAAAAAGCGACGAAAAGAAACUUACUGCAAUCAAUAUGCCGGCCCUCGAAUCAGACAAGGCUGCAAAAGUAGCAGGCGAUAACAUUACAGCAUCGAAAUUUAAAGAUGCCGAAAGUAAGAACGCAAUUGUCACUGAAACUGCAGAAAAGGCAAAAAGCGUUCAGUCCACUGAAAUACCUAAUUUAAACGAAAACAUAUUGAAAGUACCCUUCGCACCUGAGGACGGAUGUGGUUCUGAAAUUUUAAAAGCAAAUGUUUUGGAAAAAGUAACGUUAAAAAAUAUGACUGAUGACACUCUGACAGAAGUAAUAAAUCCAGUCACAAUAGGGCCGAAGCGUUCCUCAACUCCUAUAGAAAUAACCGAAAUUAUAACAAUUCCGGCACCCGUGAUGCAGCCGAUUAUCAGAUUAGAUAGCCAAACUAAUCGGUUGGAACGUAUAAACCCAGAACCGAGUAUUUCACCGCAAGUUUUUUCGCAUACGUCCCAUGAAAAUCUGUCUAAACAAGUUGUUACUCCAAAUGCAAGUAAAAUCGAAACUGAUAUCAUUCAGCCGCCCAGAAAUUCUACACCGACACUGGAUGAACCGAUCAAAGAUGAAUUCGAGCUUAUUUCACCGAAUAACUCAUUUAUAGUUGGGGAAAUACCGAGCACUUCUAAAGCUAGAAAGUCACUCCAACAACUGGAGGGCCCACCCGCUAAGCGAGUAUGUACUGAAUCUGUCAACAAGCCUGUAUCAACCAAUGAUUUAUUCGAUAUUCUGAAUAAUGAUCCAGCUUCGCCGGCUUUAAGCAAUAAAAUGGAAUUAUCGAGUACAGUUUUAGGUAAUGACCACGUAGCGAAAAGCCUAGGAACAGAAUUGAAUGCCGUGAAAGAUUCUGACAAUAAUGAAUUGGAGAAAAAUGCAGAAAAUAUAAAAGAAGCUGUUCAGGCCCAUAAAAGUACUUGUAAAAAUGGCACACAAAGCCAAAAAGAAAUGGAAAUUCCACCAACUCAUUCAACUAAACAAUCGUGCACCGUAAUAUCGAACGAACAGAAAUUAGUUCAGAUCGAUGAUGGCAAGUCAAUUGAAAUGAAAAUUCAAGGUGAGCCAGGAGUAAAUGCUUCUAAGUCUAUUGUGCACAAUCAACCGACAUCCAUUAAAUGCACCGUAGACAACUAUCCAAACAAGGCUGCAGCUUCAAAAGGUGAGUUAAAAACAUUAGAAAAACCCGAUGUUAAGAAUGUAGCGGGGCCGCCUGAGCAAUGUGCAGGAACUUGCGAAAAGCAAAGGAACGUUCCGUUAAAUUCGGACUCACCGAAAGAUUUACCCCCAAAACCAAUUCCUACUAUAAUACUUGGUAAUAAAUUAGGCACAAAGCAAAGUAGUGUUUCCUCUGUCGUUUUAUCUUCACCGCAGAAAUAUUACAUCCUACGCAGAAACUUAGUGCAAAUCAAAACACAAACUGCUACUACUAUGGGCCUAAGCUUACCGAAAAAAGCAAAUCUCUUAACCAAUAUAAAUCUAAAUAUUAAUAAGAGAGAUGAAAAUGAUCUCAAAACCUGCAGUGUAAUAUCAUUGGAAGAAAAAGUGAUCAAUUCUCCACAACCGGCGUCAGUUAAAUUAAACACUGAUAUUAAAUCUCAAGAAGUAAGCAACUCUUCACAGCAGGCGGCUGUUAAAUCAAGCACUGAUAUUAAAGCUACAGAAAUAAGCAACUCUCCACAGCAGGUGCCUGUUAAAUCGAACACUGAUAUUAAGGUUAAAGAAAUGAGCAACUCUCCACAGCAGGUAGCUUUUCAAUCAAACACUGGUAUAAAAUCUAAAGAAGUGGCAAACACGCCACAAAAGGUGGCCGAUAAAUCAGGCACUGAUAUUAAAUCUAAAGUAGAAAUCUCUCGCCAUCAAGGCAAAGUUAAAUCAAUCUGUGGUAUCAAAGCUGAGGUACAUAAUUCUCUACAACCUCUGGCUGUUAAAUCAAACACUGGUAUUAAAUCUAAAGAAGUAGACAAUUCUCCACAAUUGGUGGCUGUUAAAUCAGACAUUGAUGUAAAAUCUAAAGAUGUGGAAAACUCUGCACAACAGCUCACAGUUAGACCACACCGUGGUAUUAAAGUUGAAGCGCACAAUUCUUCAAAACCUCUGGCUGUAAAAUCAAAUAGUGGUAUUAAAACUAAAGAAGUAGGCAAUUCUCCACAACAGGUGACUAUUAAAUCAAACACUGAUAAUAAAUCUAAAGAAGUAGGCAAUUCUCCACAACAGGUGGCUAUUCAAUCAGACAUUGAUGUAAAAUCUAAAGAUGUGGAAAAUUCUCCACAACAGCUCACAGUUAGACCACACAGUGGCAUUCAAGUUGAAGUGCACAAUUCUCCAAAACCUCUGGCUGUAAAAUCAAACAGUGGUAUUAAAACUAAAGAAGUAGGCAAUUCUCCACAACAGGUGGCUAUUAAAUCAAAUACUGAUAUUAAAUGUAAAGAAGUAGGCAGCUCUCUACAACAGGUGGCUAUUAAAUUCACUGAUAUAAAAUCUAAAGUAGAAAACUCUUCACAACAGGUCACAGUUAGAUCACAUAGUGAUAUUAAAGCUGAAGUACACAAUUCUCCAAAACUUCUGGCUGUUAAAUCAAGCACUAGUAUUAAAUCUAAAGAAGUGGGCCAUUCUCCACAACAGGUGGCUAUUAAAUCAAACACUGUUAUAAAAUCUAAAGAAGUAGAAAACUCUCCACAAAAGGUCCCAGUUAGGUCACACAGUGGUAUUAAAGCUGAAGUGCACAAUUCGCCACAACUUUGUGCUGUUAAAUCAAGCACUGGUACCAAAUCUAAAGAAAUAGGAAACUCUCCUCAACUAUUGGCUGUAAAAUCAAACAGUGAUAUCAAAGCUACAAAUGUUUCCCCAUACCAAACUCCUUCUAUAUCCCCACGCACAACAGCGCCGCCAAAACAAACAUUGUUGGCUGCAUCGGCAUUACCCUCCAGUAAAACUAAUCGUUUCCAUCCAUACCAAAAGUCUCAAACAAUGCUCAAUAGUCCAAACCCUGAAAAAAAUAAACCAACCCAUUCAAAGCAAAUCAUUUCUGCAGCAGCAGAAAGUGUCGCUCACCGAAAGAAGGAAACUACAAGACCCGAUAAGGCAGUUUUGCAACGUCCCACCUCAACCGCGACAACACUGCCUGCAAUGCAAUCUCGUCCAACACCAAAUCAUCCAUCUUCGUUUGUUACCAACUCGACUCAUACCGAUGCAGCGAUUAAAAAGCUAUCGGCUGAAGAUGAAGCUGAAUUAGCCGAAAAGCUACGACGGUAUCGUGCCACAUUAUCGUUCGCCAAAACCUAUGGUGAGCAUAAAGAAAAUCAGCGGCUAAUAAAAGCACAAGAAGAAAAAUUGCGUUUCGAACUUUUGGAGAGAGCAAAUCGUCGCAAAGGGCAACAAUUACGUGCCGAAGCGCAACGUCUUAAACGUAAAUCAAAUACGGAAUUAUAUGAGACGUAUUGCAAAAAGAUGUCGAUACAAUCUGUAAAAUCUGAUGCCACAACUACUAGCAGAAGUGGUAGUAGUCAUCAGCACAGAUCUAAGCAAUACCCACCACAGCACCAUAAAACGCGACCAAGAUCUCACUACGAGUAUGUAAACAAAUUUGGAGAAAUCGAAAAACUGAUCGAAAAAGAAAAAGUAAUUAAACAUGUUGAACCCAAAAGUUCCGUUCCGCUGACUACAUCCACAGCUUGGGAACCAAAAAUGCCAACCAGUGACGAAUUGAUUGAACUAUUCAGUAAAACAAGGAAAUCGUAGAGUAAAAAAUAAAGGAUAUGAAAAUGCGUAAGUUGGACAGACAGAUUUUAAUAUUACAACCCCUUUAAUGAUUAAAAAAAUAUUAAUGCUAAUAUUUGCAUUAAUGAUUGACCUACUGAAAGUAGUUUUUGGGUAAGCAAUGCACGCAUAUAUGCAUGUGUAUAUGUAUGGUAUGUAUAACUUAACACAACUACUUGAGCACUUUCGUUAUGCAGAAAUCUAUGAAUCGGUUGAAUGAGCUACGAAAGGAAUUUUAUUUUUUAUUGUCUGCGCUUUAACAACGAUUUAUUAAAAUUGCUUAAUAAGUCCGUUAAUCACCUUUACGACUCUAUUAUGCAAUGGUAUAGUAAGUACCUAGAUAAUUAUGCUCAAAACGUACGUAAAUAUAUGUAUAUCAAUUGAAAUUAUAUUUAUACAUAUUUACAUUGAUUAAGAUUUAGCAGAGCCCCUAUUUUUAUUCAAAUUUAUUGCACAAUUUUAGUAAAUGCGCUCGCAUAUAAGUUACAGAUUUAAUAUGGACCAGAGAUGAAUGCAUGAACUAAAUGUAAAUGUGAAGAGGUUCUUUUUAAAUGAUAAAGAAGAAGUCGCCUCUUUUUCUGGCAACUGAAUUCGAAACUUUUUAACUUAACGCCAAGAAUGCCAUGAGCACAACGUGGUUAAAAGCUGUUGACAAGUCAUCAAUUCAUUUGCCUGCAAAACUAAGAAACUGGGUCUCUCGCUCGAGCGUGUCGAACCUACGCUUAUUCAUUAAAAAGCCUAUACUAAUCCUCUUUAUGUAUUUUAUAGCAAGAUUUUGAAGUUUACAAUCAUGAAGUUUGACACGAUUACUUGCGCUUGAGUCUACGGCAAGGCUUGUAUUGCUUGUCCCGUGGACAAAAAUGUUGCAAUGAUGCACUUUUUGUGGUUAUGCCAUAAAUCGAAUACUUCACAGAAGAGUUGGGUUUCUUACUCUCAACAGAAAUGUUUUUAAGAACGUCUAAUCUGACAAUUUGGCGCAGCUGAACAUUUAACAACAACAA